ACAGCUCAGGUCUCAGGUGUAAUGAUUCUUUGGGAUGCAGUGCAGGUAGAGAGAGGAGGGGUUGGGGUGUGAGCCAGGUUACAGGUUAUUAGUGACGGAAGAAGUUUGGGCUGAGCUAGAGUAGACAGUUGUAUGUAACUGAGAGCUAAUUGUGUAUGGGCUGGUAGUGAGGACAGGGCUAGAGGAACAGAGGUGAAUCAGUGCUCCUGUCCUGUUACUGAAACUCUCACUGAUGUACAGACUCAUCCUCUGCUUGCUGACCUUAUCUGCUUCACAGGCAGCCUCUGGUGGACAAUGGGCAUAUACCGGUAAUGAUGGAGAGGACAACUGGCCAGUACAGUACGGUUUUUGUGGUGGUGUCCAUCAGUCACCUCUUGAUUUCCAUCGUGGCAUCUUGCAGUAUGAUUCCAGACUUGAACCCAUACGUUUGUAUGGAUAUAAUGUUUCCAGUACAGAAUCCUUCACUAUAUCAAACAACGGACAUACAGUGUCUAUGAGUCUGCUUUCAAAUAUGUAUUUGGAAAUCCCACCUUUUCGCUAUAUUGCAGCAUAUCUUCACUUUCAUUGGGGCACCCUAGCCAGUCCUAAAGGCUCAGAGCACUGCAUCGAAGGCAAAAGGUUUUCAGCUGAGCUGCACAUUGUGCAUUAUAACACCAAGUAUGCAAACAUGGCCAUUGCGAUGGAGGCGGCAGAUGGUUUGGCCGUGCUGGGAAUUCUUAUUGAGAUUGGUUCUUUCAACCCCGCAUAUGAUAAAAUCUUUAGUCAGCUGACAAAUGUCAAAUACAAAGGGCAAACAGUCCAAAUUCCAGGGUUUAAUAUACAAGAUCUUCUGCCCAAGAGCCUGGAUGAAUAUUAUCGGUAUGAGGGUUCCAUUACUACUCCGCCCUGCUACCCCAGUGUCUUAUGGUCUGUUUUUCACCAUCCUAUGUUCAUUUCAGAGGAGCAGCUGUCAGUUUUGGAGACGGCACUAUACUGCUCAGGGAGGAACACUUCAGCGCCCAUAGAGAUGACGAAUAAUUAUAGGCGGCUGCAGCGAGAAGGUGAUAGGCUGGUUUCUGUCUCUUUUAAGGAAGGUGUUGUCCUUUCCGUUGUUUUGGCCUGUGCGCUCGGUUCUUUAGUCAUUAUUUCAAUCACCUGCUGGUUGUUUCACAGGAAAAAACGGAGCAAGAAAAACAAGAAAAUUGUGUACACAGCUGCUGUUCCUAUGGAGGAAAACACAUCUAAAGUAUGACAUAUGUAAUAUUAUCAUAAUUCCUUUGAGACUGUCCAAAGAAAGAGGAAGCCCAUUGGAAGUCAACUCUACCUGUCUACUGAACACUUAUGAAUCAUGAAAGCCCUUAGUCAUGGAGGAAGACUAUUUAAAUACUCAUGUACUAUAUCUUGUAAUCCUGAGAAUGAUUUUUCUUGCAACACUUCCCUUUUGUAAAGAAAAAUGCAAGUGAAUUUAAUUUGAAUGAAAGCUUAUUGUUCAGAUGCACACUAGACAAUCGGGAUAAGGAGCUUUGACACAUUCCGCACAAUGGUUGCCAUUAAGCACCUAGUAUGCAAUCUUGAUAUCCGUCUACACCAGGGAUCUCAAACUGGUGGCCCUGCUGCUUUUGUGAAACUUCAAGUCCCAUGAGGCAUUGCAAGGCUGACAGUUACAAGCAUGACUCUCUCAGGCAGAGGCACGAUGAGACUAUACCAUGCAUAUUUUUGAAUAGACCUUUAAUCGAGCAGUGAGAUGAGGGAGCCCAUUUUAAAAUUUCUGAAUCCCUGGCUGUUAUGCUGGCCCUCUGGCUUUAGUACAUUGAGUCGUUGACUUAAGUGUUUAUACCUAAAGAUUUAUUUUGUUCAGUGCAGGUGAAUGGUUCUUUUGCUGCAUUCUGGUAGCUGACACCACUGGUUGUCAGAAUACCUGAGCAGUGCCUGCAUGUGAUUGGAUAACCCUGCCCUUUGACAAAAGUGGAUUGAAAAAACAGCUUUUGUCAAAUCAGGCAUUGCCCAUAGCGCCACCCACGGAGCAAAUUUUGACCUUUUUUUUUACCAUGAAUCAGACAAAAUUUGAUGCCCUUAAGGCCAGACAUUAUUGGAGCAAAUUUCUUUCCUGCAACUACAGGUGCCGACGGGGGAAUCCAUCCCUCGAGCCACUGUGUUCACUCAGUGGAGGAGGCGGGGGAAGCCAUCCCCGCUGGAAGAACACUGCUAGCGAUAAUCCACAUGUAAAAUCUGGCAGGCUGGGUGUACCCAAGUUGAUCGAUCAUAGUUCAAAUCUCACAGGUUUAGCAGGAACAGUCUAUGGCCAGCAUUAGACCAAAUAUUAAGAUUAGAGGAGAGUCAAAAGUCCUGAUCUGCAAACUUGUUUCAGGUCAGUGAUU